AAACAACGAACUGGAAAUGCAGGAUGGAGGAGGCUGGAAGGACCUGAGAAUGAAAUUGGCUGCUCUGCAGGCUCUGCCAGUGGCAAGUUCAAAUUCUUGGUGGGGCUCCCUAACCUGCUUUCACUACACUUGGGCUCCAUAUGAUGCUUCACUGAACUCAGCUAAUUGUUCCACCCAGUCAUUCCCUUUCAGGUCAUCUCUCUCUUCUUUGCAGCCUUGAUCAUCUUCAGGCUGCCAUUUCUGCCUCAUUGAUUUCUCAACUGUCUCCUAGACAAGAGCCAAUUUUGGGCAGCCUGUUUCCCAAAAUCAAAGUGAGAGCCUGGUCUAAGCCUUGAACCAGCAUGAAUCAUUAAUGUUGUCCUUUAAAUAAAUAUCUAUAUAUCGUUGACAAAAGGUAGAAGAAAAUUAGUGUUAAAGAGUAAGUCAGAUGUUUCUGAAGUUGAACAGGACCCUUAUAUUCUCUGUUCUUGUUGUUCAGUUCAGUCACUUUAACAGUGAGACCAAGGUACUAUGAGGGAAGGAGACUGACUCUGAAUGAAGAUUAUGAAUUUGGAGACUGGAACUGAAGAGAGCAAAACUCAAGAAAUCAUGUAUUUUCCCAGUUUUCCCAGAAUAAGUUCUAGGUCUCAUAGUUCCUGUCUCUGUGUUCUGUUCCUUGAGAGGUUGCUACCAAGAUAGCUACCUAGUUGCUUGUUACUGCACAGUACAGUAACCCCUCCUGCAAAAAUGGUUAUACACCAUUUAGUUAGUGUUGGUUUGCAGUUCUGUGGAGUAUGAUUAGUGCAGUGCAGGAUUUUGUAGUGUUUUAGUGCCUAAUGGGAACAUGAGGCUCAAAGUAAUGGUGGAACAGACAGAAUUCCCAUCUAGGCAAACAGUGGUCAUAUAAAGAUGAAAACUGUGUGGUAGAACUCUUCUCUGACCCGUUUUCUCUCUCUGUCUUAGCUUCCUAGUUUUGUGCAUGUAUUUCCACAUCAAACGCUCUAAUUUACAUGCUGGAGCUAAAGCUGUGUUGUAUAGCCUGUUGGUGCAGUCAGCAAAAUUUAAGGGAAUCAGCUUGACCUAACAUAAUUUUUUUUCCCUAUUUCCAUUCAGGGAAUAUCUUAUGUUACAGCCCUCUGUUAGGGCAACCUUAUGAACUCAAAACCUGAUAUUUGCAAUAGGUGUGGCAGUAUAAUUGGAUGGAAGCUAGCUGGUAGUCAACUGCAUGGAGUGGGGCUGGGGCAGGAGGUUUGGACAGCAAGAUCAGGGCACUUAACAAGUCAGUAAAGUGAUUAUGCUUCAGUGCUUUUCUGCCUUGUUUUACAAAGAAGCAUUCUUUCUUUGCUUCUCUUCACAGGAAUAAAAACAAUGAUGGUAAAUAAUGCUAAUAAUUAAAUAGUUAUAAAAAUAAAAGUAGCCUCCAUCCGCAAAUGCAUGCUGCCAACAAUUUGAGAACCAAGCUCUAUGACAGCCAAAUGCUGUGAAACUGAUUAAAAUGGAAGAAAGUAGUUAUAAUUAACUCUUAAAUCAUGAAACACAUUCAGUGAAAACACAAGUUGCCUCCUUGGAGCCAAAAAGGAGGUUAAUAGAAAGAGCAGCACUUAAAUGAAGAUCUUUUAAUAUUAUUAGUUCUUUCUGUAGUCUAUUUUGAAAUGUCAGUUUCUUUCAUGAAAUGAAAGGCAAUUGCAAAAUGCAGGGAAUUCCCAUUUUCUGCUUAUGCUAAAUAUUCCUUACUGUAAAACCGUAAUAUAGUCAAAAGCAAAAUUAGAGAUGAAGACAGUAAGUAUAUUUUUACAAAAAAUUAAGAUUCUUUACUGCAGCUGAAGAAAAUCUUAAUCCUUACUAAAGGGCUUUGCAAACUUUUGUCCACAAAGAGCAGUUUAAGAAAAGUAUUCUUGGUUUGGUUUUUGCCCCCCAUUGUAUGUUUUCAGUGUUUGUAGAUAAAUCUUGGUUCAUAUAUUUCUAGACAUGGCAUGUAAGGCUACAUUUUUAAUUUACAAUGGGAAACAGCAUUAGUAUAAAUGUCCCUCUUCUUAGGCUUAUCUAUAUCUUACUUUUGUAAGCCACUCUCACUUCCCCCCCCACCCAACCCUUCAGGCUCUUGAUUUCUUUUCCAGCACCCUGACAGUGCCUUUAAGUCCCUUUUGCAGCUCUGUGCUUGGUUUGUCUAUGCAGAUUUGCAGAUGCUGUCACAGACAUGGUCAGCAAAUGUCAAGGUUAUUUGUCUGAUUUGUGGCAUUGCUUGCCUGGCCAUUGGUAACACUAUGCUUGUCCUCUUUAUCUUCCAUCCAUCAACAAUCAGAACUUGGUAUAUAAUAAAACCUUGAUUUCAGAUGAGAAAGAAGCAAGAUCAGCAUUGCUGAGUAGAUGAGAAUGUGAAUUUAGGGACACAUUCUUUACAUCAGAUGUCCUUUGUUUAAGUACUGUUUGUGAAAAAGUUUUAUUUCCGUUCCCUUUUUUAAUGCCAAAACAGUAUGAAUCUUCUUCCUUGUUUUCAAACUUGUUCUAUCAUAAAAUUACUGUGAAAUUUGAAGCAUUUACUUAGCUAUUGCCAGUUGUACUGGAGAAGGAAAUGUCAAUUUUCAAAGAAUUUUUUCUACCACAAAUUUUUUUCACCUAUAAGUUAAUAAUGUGGCUACUGAAGUUGAACCCCCUAAACAUAAAAUUCUGUGCUUAGAAUUUUGGAAAUACAACCUUUGACACAGUGCUCAAGAAAGGUUUGUUGCUGUGCCCUAGAGCUUGUAAAUUACCUAUUUUUUUCCUCUCUGAAGCCUUAUGUCUUCCUUUUGUACAGAUAAAAGUAUAUUUGUUAAACGUAAAUUAUACUUGAAGUUGAAAACAUCAUAUUUAUUUCCACAUAGAUAAAAGUGCAUUGCAAAGGUCUGUACACAGUUGUACUGAAGAGUUUCCUGAGAAAUUAGAGUAGACUUAGAGUAAAAUUUCACUGUACUCUUGCACAGUGAAACCAUAUACAGUAGCUACAGCUCUUAUCUUCUCUUUCCAUCAAAGAUGUCAAAUGUGAUGGGGAGCUACUGAUUCUUUUUUCUCCCUUUGCUUUCUGCAGUCUCCUUUGUAUGAAAAUUCAAAGGGAGUAAUUUCUGUAUCACUCUAAUUCCUAUUAUUUUUAGGAGAGUUUCUAUCAGGCAAGUGAUGGAUAACAUACACAACAAUGCAUUUCUUCACAUUUUUCAUUCUAUAACUUUAUUAAUAUUCUAGAGUUGGGAUUUUGCUUCCAGAUGUUAAUGUUAGAAACCUGAGUAUAAUUACCAAUGUUUCUUUGAAAAGUACACAAAUCGCUAUAAAAAUUGUCAAUUAAGUCGAAUCUUGUGAGAUAGGAAGACAUUUUAUCAGGAGCUUUGUUGUACUCAGUAUGCAUGUAAUUCAAGUACCUAAUAAGCAGGUGGCAGAAAGGAUCUAUCUUUAAUUAUUUUUUUUUUAAAUUACAAUAGUUUCAAGAUCUCAGCGUUCAUCUUGUUAGGCAUAGCAGAAGCAUAAUGAGGAAGCAUUGAGAGAGUCUGCGGAAACAUGGGGCAGCGAUGAAUGCAUAUUGGUUAGGAAGACAAACUAGAGUCACAAGCAAAGCUGUGAGGCUUCUCUAGCCAAGUAUAUAUGUCAUGGCAGAGAAGGAAAGCACAGCAGUUAUCUAAAGAAAUGCUCAUGUGGCCACCUGUGUGGGUUGGAAGACAGCACAGUGUCUCAGAAUCUCCCCAGAUACCUUUGGGUUGCACCUAAGGGGUCACCUGGAGGGGGCUGUUUAGCUGUCCAUAGCUCCCUUUUUUAAUUAAUGCAGAACUUAGGUAACUACUGAAGAUGAUUCUGCUCAGUCCACUGGCUGUAGAGGUUGCUUGAGUGAUUAUGCUUCUAAUUUGGGCACCCUAUCUGAGCCUCAAGUGCUUAAUAAAAAUUAAUGAAAAUAAGCAUCUUUUCCCUUUAAGAAGGGAAGUUCUUCAGUCAGAUCCCACUAGAAAAUAUAUAAUCAGAGCAUGGAAGAUCAGCUUCAAGACUCCUGGUAUUUCCAUGGUAAACAAGGAAAUCUUUUCUUUGGAGAGCAUUCAAAAUCAACCUUUGGAUUGUCGUUGUAAACUGAAAGAAUCCCAAAAGACACAGACACAACCAUAGUUAGAUAAUCUGUGAGAAACAAAUGAUCAAGCCAGCUAGAGGAAAUCUUUUAUGAAGUACGUUGUUGAGGAAGAAUUCCUUUAAGCUUAGUUAUACAUUAGCCUCUAGGGCCUUUAUCUCAAAAUUAAAUUAAAAAACUGAAUGGACCAUAAAAACCUACAAGGCUUUGUUACAAAUUCCACUCUCCCUUCAGAUAUUUUUAAAGUAUUUUGGAGUCAUUCAAAAUUAUCUCAAAUAGUAACAGAGGAUAAAAGCGAGUAUUGAAAUGAUUUAUAUAUUUAGUUAAACAUUUAUCUGUGCUGCUAUAUGUGCCCUAGUGAUAUUUUUUUUGAAGAAAACCACAUUAACUUCAUAAUAUUAAAACCCUGGGCAAUAAAUUAUGUGUUGCUCUCCCCCCGUUUACUUCCUGUAGAAAGAUUUCUGUGAAUAGCAGUUAUUGUAAUUAUUGUCUAAGAAAGAAGGUAGGCAGUAUUAUGUCAUGCUCAAAGUGUUGCACAGGCAUUGAGUGACAGCUUUUCACAAAGCAUUGUGAGCUUUAUCCUAGUGAGAUGUGUGACUGUAGCUGCAAGGGCAUCUCAGUGGCAAAGGAGCAAUUAUAGUAGGAGAGAACUGAGGGGAGGGGGGAAGGCCUUUUGCUUGAUGCGUAACAUUAUCGUGGUUCCCUAUUUAUCAUGAAUGAGAAGUAUUCCACUUUUUGUACUCUACCUAAAUGUGAUGUAUCAGUGUGCAGCACAAAUUAAUUGGAAUAGUAGUUUAUUGACUCUUCCAGAUGUGCUCAUUUAUCUUUUUGAUGCUUUUCACUGAGAGUUAAUAUUAAGUUAUGACUUUUAUAAGUCACAGUGCAAAAUGUGCAAGAGGAGGAAAGACUGCCUGCAAAGGUACAGGACUUUCUCUGCCCUGAAGAAUUUUUGAGGUGCAUUUGUUUUGCAUCUAGAUGAGGAAGUGAGGAAGAAGUACGACAAAUAUGAGGGAAAUCUGUUGAAUCAAGUGUAGCAGAGGCAAGCUAUACUCAUAUAAUGAUUUCUACUGUGAAAUAGGCCUAGAGGAGUCAGUUCACAGUGAAGGAGGAAGAAGCAUUGUUCCAGUGGGAGGAAACAAGAUGAUUUUGAAAAGUUCUUGGAACAGAUAAGAAGAAUAGAAAGAGUAAAAAUCUGGCAUUGCUAUGAUUUGAGCUUCUAUUAGUGAAACAAUUUAAAAUACAUGAAAGUACUGUGUUGCAGAGGGAUAGAUAUAUUUUCAAAACUAUUGCAAGUUCAAAACAGGGAUUAGGUAAAUUCAUAAAGAGAUACUAAAGGGAUUGGAUUCAGGUAUACUCUCUGGCAACACUGGUAUUGUAUUUGUGGAUACUGGAGGAACAGUAGGAGAGUGGACUAUGUAGAGGCCAGGCUUGCAAGCUGUCUCUGAAAAGCACCUCUUCCUGGCACUGGAGACACAGAGAAAACUUGGAUUAGAUGGAUGUUGAUCUGCUUCAGUGUUCUUUCUUGUGUUUUGAAAUGUAGUUUGCACUAAAGCAUGAAGAAUUCUUAUUCUCUUGACUGGACAUUCAAAAACAGAAGAAGUGUUCUUCCAAUAAGGAAGGCUGUCAGGAACUCUUGAUUAAGAACUGACAAUUUUUAUAUUGUGCAGGCAGCCCCAUUGUUUCCAUGUGCCUCCAUGUCUCCCGGGAAUGAGAUAUUUGGACCAAUAUUAGAGUUGGGAUUUCUAGAGAGUAGUGCAGGAUGGAGCAUCCUCUCUGCAGUGGUCAGCUUUUAGGGAAUAGAAUAUUGGAUCUGACCUUAGGUCUCCUGUAGGAAUUGGGGGCUAUGGGACUAAUAGUUCCUCUUGCUGCCUCUAGUUUGCUCUAAUUUCACAGAACUCAAAGAAACAGCUAUAUUCCAUUCAUGGAGAGGAAGAACCUGUCAGGCCCUCAUCUUUUCUCCAGGAGACUUGUGCAGUGCCUGAACAAUACUAGCUUUUUUUCUUAAUCCUAAAAGCAUGCCUGAAUUCCUCCUGCAGAACCCAGACAGGUGCAUGGUUCAGAUGAAUGCUUAACUGUUCUUUGAUGUCAGGUUCUGCAGGUAGUAUCUGUCAGAGGGUAAUAGGGUCAAUGUGCAUUGCUUUCCGAUCUGUGGCUACAUACUGUCUACAUACUAAGCUAGAACAUGCUUCAGCAAAUGUCUGUCUAAAGAUUUAUGGGUGGAAUCAAAAGGAUAAGCAAACAAGGAGUUUUCUUAGGUCCAGCAGAACCUGUGGCCAGCAAAGGAUUAAUACAGUUUUUCUAGUUGUCACUGUUCUUUAUCAGUCUCAGAAUGCCAGGCAAACCCAGAAGAAAAAAACCAGUCCAUUCUAAGGAGAUCCCUCUUAGGUUUGUCAUGUGCAUGACCAAUUCCAUCAAGACUCAAGACAUAUGCCAUUGGGAUACUCUAAAAUAAGUGACUACACAAACCUAGGAGCAAAUCUACUUCCCUUCUAAUAAAACACAUGCACUGAAGAAGAGAAUUUUGAAUCAGUGCUGCCCCAUUUAGCAACACUGGUGCUCUGUGGCUCUUCAGGUGUGGUCAUUGACAGUGCUUGAACUUUGAGGAAAUCCUUUAUUUGUGUAAGGAAACUGCUGCAGAGAUACUAACUGCAUGAAAUACUUCAUGUUUGCCACAGUUUAGAUACAGGAUGGGCACACAGCAGCCCCCUUUGUGACAGAAAUGUCACAAGCACAGGCCUGUACAAGUGUCAGUUAUCCUAGUACAUAUGAGAGUACUAUCACUAUGUUUUCUGUAGCACUAAGCAUCAUUUGCCUGGAGACUGUACUAAAAUGUUCCCACUUCAAGGCUGAGCUCAGAAAAAGUGAGAAAUUACAGCACUGGCUCUGUCUGUUGGGAAGAAACAGGCUGUACACAGUGCCAGUUAAGCCAGGCAUACUUUAUUUCACAUUCAAGGCUUUCCAGCUGAAGUGGUUUGUGUUUGCAGUCUUGUGUAGAAGAAGCUUUGAGAUGCUGGGCAAGAACUGAUUCUCUUCUGUUGAGAUAUACAACAGAAGAGAGCAAAGGAGAUCCUGACCACAUAUAAGGAAGAAAAAAAAAUCCCCAAUAGUGGUUCAGCACUGGAACAGAUGCCCAAAGAAGCUGAGGAAUCUCCAUCCUUGGAGAUGUUCAAAACUCGCCUUGACAUGCUUCCUGAAGAACUCUUCUCCCUUGCUGGUUGUUCAGCUAAGAAACCAGGAUUCUUGAAAAUACUGGUGAUGAUUGUAUUCAUCUCUCUUACUGGCAUCUUGAACAUAAUUAAAUUUUGGUAAUCCACAUACCACAGUGAUGGUGCCAAAGUAAACAAUCAUGAUAGCAUUGGUGAAUAACAAGCAAAUAACCUGGAGACUUCCAUCUCCUGUCUCUUGGAGCUUGGUACUAAAGAAAAGGCAAUAUAUAACUGGUCUUUUCUGACUGUGUGGGAUCUUCACUGUUUUGUAGGACUGAAUCAUUAAAAGCCAUUUGAAUCCUCAGGAACUGCCACACUUUUCAGAUGCUUGAUGAUUUUCAGGACUUCCAAGGAGUUGGAGAUCUUCCACUAGAUUCCUUUGUGGAAGGGUUUGCAUAAGAAGGAUUGACAGCUGGUACAUGGGUGGCAAGUUCUAUGUAGCUGGAAGAGAGAGAAGAUGGUUGUUUAAGGAUGUUUGUUGAAAAAUUGUAUGCAGGGAAAGUGUAUUACUUUGCAGUUGGAUUUGCAGGAGGAUGGGGGAUAGUGGAUUCUGUAGCAAGGAGAGCUAACCUGUCUGAAAGCGCUUUUGGGAGAAGUAACAAGCUGAGAAGGCCAUGGAAAGGUGCUUGUGUGGGCAAGAGAAGAGGGUGGUUUAAAAGUUGGGAUGGUUUGAGGUUUCUGUUUAAGUAGUUUGGUGUAGGGAAGAAAUACUUGGAGAACUGAAGAAUGAAGGAUGAGUGUCUUUGGGUGUAGUCAAAUUCUGCACACACCAACUGCUGGGGGGAAGGGCAGGGCAGUGGUUAGCCGUUUAGAGACUUGGUACUCUUUAAUUCAGGGAGGCUGGUGCUUCCCUCCUACUCUCCCUUAAAUGCUUCCAUCAUGUUCUCCUCUAUCCUUCAUUGUGGAGUAAGCAUUUUUCAUUGAGGUGUGGAAGAGGCAGAAUCAAAAAAAAUGACAGCUUUACCUUUUUUAACUGCUAAAUCAGAACCAGCUUUUUCAUUAAGCCACAAUUUAUCUCAGGGAAAAAUAAUUUUCCAUUCUAAUCCAGACGAAGGCUGCAUGAUGUCUCAUGAGGAACAGUGCAACGUUGCUGGGAUAGAGGGUCUGCCAGGGUAAGCUGAACAGAUGUUGUAAGAGAGAUGUGCAGGUAGGGAGGAAGAACAAUUGGUUUCCUUGGAGCCAGAAAUUAUUUUGUGUCUGCUGCUUGGUAGCAGGGCUUUUUAGUUCUAUCUGUUUUGUGGUAGCAAACUGAUUUCCUUCUUACAUAUUACCUAGUAAUUUCAAGACUUUGGCCUGAGAUCCAGCAGCCAGAGCACAUUUGGGUUCUGUUUCCUGCUUUGCCACUCGUAAGUUAUGUGACAUUGAGAAGGUCGAAGGGCUAUUUUGAAACCUUCUUUAAAUGAAUGCAGUCCCAUUGACUGAAAUGAAAGUUUUCUUCAGUUUAUUUGACCUCUAUUUCUGCAUUUAUUUGCCUUCAAAAUGAAUGUUUAAAAGUCCCCAUCUCUCAGGAGUUGGCUGGCCUAAAAAAAUGUCUCUCAGAUGUUACAAUGUUAUAGAUUGGCUGGCAGUAUAAAUUCUGAGUAUUUAUGUCUCCAUGUAGAGUAGUCAUGCAGGCUUCAUUCUGGUGUAUCCAGUCUUGCUUUUGGUGGCUCAGGCAGCAGUCUUCAGCCCUGUUCUGGAGAACACUGCUAUGUGCUUGUAUAGUUCUUUCUGUAAAGAAGCAUAUUCUGAUCAUUCAUCCUGGUAUUUUCUCCUUUUUACAGUUACAUCCAGUGGUGUUUUUCUUCUGUGGUGUCCACAUGCUUUAUAAACUAAUAUGCAGUACCUGUAUUAUAGCCUUCCUCCCAUUUAAUCUUCACUUUUUCUCAGUUGUAUUUAACUGAUUUUAUUUUUCUCUUUCCUCAUAAAUCAUCAAAGUUUUUGCUUCUUCCUGAGGUCCCUUCAGUUUCCUUACAUUUUAGUGAUGCCCAGGGUGCUUUUGGUUCAUCUGUGUUUGGUGCUCUUCAUUCUCAUUAGGGGCAGUGUAAGACAGAACUAUUCCGUCCUGUCCCGUAAUUUCCCCCCCUCUUAGUAAAGCAAGUCAAAUUACACUCCAUUGCACUCCAUUGCCUUUUCUCAUAGUCCCCAGGCUACUUUUUUCUCUGCGACACAGAACUUGCUCAAGUCUCCCAUUGCUAGGUUUUUAGAUAAUUGCAGUGAGGCUGCUCCUUUUAAUUACAACUCUCCUCUCCCCUAUUUCAGCCAAGUUAUUGAGCCAUUUCUCUAUAUAGCCCAAGACAUUUUUCUUUCUCCUUAGCUACGCUUCACUGUCUCACUGAAGACAUUGAAGUGUUUUCGAUGCUCUGUGCAAACAGCAACUAAAGAAACAAAACAUACUGGCUUUCUGCAUGUAACCUACAUAUUACCAUGAUAUUUCUCUGGUAAGCUGAGAAUUCGGCAGAUGGAGCCAGAAGUACCUUGCUUAGCAAAAUUAUUGUGCUGGAUUGAUCUAAUGCAACGCUGGAUUAGGCUACAUGCUGCUCCCUGACUGUGAGAUAAGCCUUAAUGGUGGUGAUGGAGUAUCGUUUGGUUUUGUUUGGAUUUUUUUCCCACUUAAGAUAAUAAAUUUGGACUUGUGUGCUUUUCAUGGCUGUAAUGCAUGCUCUGUUUGACCUUAAAUAUCACAACAUUUGGUUCCUCACCUACAACCUAUUAAUGGGAAAAAUACUGUCCAGCUUCAAUAGUGUUGUACGGUCAUACACUUAAAGGGACAAUGGCCUGCAUCUGAAAUACAGUUACAAGUGUGUCAGCAAUGCAGAUUUGUAUUGUCAUAAAUGGUGAAAACUCUCCUGUCAUGGCUACUCCCCUGCAGAGUCCUGAAAAAGCAAAGUGUAAUUAUAAGAGACAGAAUUUAUAAAGCAUACAGGGGAAGUGGAAUGGAGGCAUUCCAAGGGAUGUUGCCAAAGAUGCAAAGGAUCAGGACUUUACAGCCUAUAUUGUGGGACAGAUUAACAUUGCUCUGUGAACGCCACUCUCACUGACGCCAUGAAUGUCUAAAAAUCUGUGUGUACUGUCAGUGUACGAAACAACUGGGACCGAAGUCCUGAAGGGUGGGAGGUGUGCGUAUAUGGUAAAUACUGGGCCUGUGCUACUCUUUUUCACCUGUAUCUCAGAAGUAGUAAAUGAUGGCGUGGGUGUAUAAAAACUGCCAGUUCUGUAUUAUUGUGACCUGAUUUCUGUUUCUACCUUCUGUCUUUUCUUAAGCAGUAUUUCUGUGAGAAGGCUUCUGUGCUUUGAUUGCGGAAGUUAUAAAAACACUCCAAGAAAUCUCUGACCAUUUCAAGGGAGUGGUGUGUGUUUUUUGGAGAUGGUGGUGUCUACAGAGAACCUUCAUGGAUUCUAGAGCUGGCAUCAGUGCAAGAAGAGUGGCAGGAAUGGGUUGGCUCUGGAUGGGCUGCUUCUUUCAUCUAGUCACCUCACUAGAAGACCUUCAUCCUGACCAGCCAGAAAGGAAAGCAGGAUGAGGCUGUUGGUGGUGCUGUUUCUGUUUGCAUGACUGAAAUACUUCUGGAUACAACUGGAGAGACCUCAGAGAUUGGCUGGACCACACACCCUUCUGAUGGGUGGGAUGAGGUAAGUGUCCUGGAUGACAAGAAGCGCCUGAUCCGAACCUUUCAAGUCUGUAACGUGGCUGAACCAGGUCAGAAUAACUGGUUGCGUACUCACUUCAUAGAGCGACGCGGAGCCCACCGAGUCCAUGUCCGCCUCCAUUUUUCAGUGAGAGACUGUGCCAGCAUGCACACUGUGGCCUCUUCUUGCAAGGAGACUUUCACACUCUACUACCACCAGUCGGAGGCUGACAUAGCCUCUCAGGAACUGCCAGAGUGGCGUGAGGGCCCCUGGACCAAAGUGGAUACUAUUGCAGCUGAUGAAAGCUUUUCCCAGGUGGACAGUACUGGAAAGGUGGUGAAGAUGAAUGUCAAAGUACGUAGCUUUGGGCCACUCACCAAGCAUGGCUUCUACCUGGCCUUCCAGGAUUCAGGAGCCUGCAUGUCCCUGGUGGCAGUCCAAGUCUUUUUCUACAAGUGCCCAGCUGUGGUGAAAGGAUUUGCCUCCUUCCCUGAAACUUUUGCUGGAGGGGAGAGGACCUCACUGGUGGAGUCACCUGGGACAUGUGUACCAAAUGCUGAAGAGACAAGCACGACUGGGUCUUCAGGUGUUCGGUUGCACUGCAAUGGAGAAGGGGAGUGGAUGGUGGCCAUUGGACGAUGCACCUGCAAGGCUGGCUACCAGCCUGUUGAUGAUGAACGAGCCUGCCAAGCCUGUCCCCUUGGUUUCUUUAAAGUAUCUGUGGGAGAUGACCCCUGCAAUCUAUGUCCAGCCCACAGCCACGCUCUACUGCCAGGUUCCAGUGAAUGUGUGUGUCAGAACCGCUACUAUCGAUCUGCUUCAGACAGUUCUGAUGCUCCCUGCACUGGCGUCCCCUCUGCUCCCCGUGAUCUUAGCUAUGAAAUUGUUGGCUCCAACGUGCUCCUGACCUGGCGCCUCCCCAAGGACCUGGGUGGCCGCAAGGAUGUUUUCUUCAAUGUCAUCUGCAAAGUAUGCCCAGCAGGGUCCUCAGGGCCAUGCGUGCGCUGUGGGGACAGCGUACAAUUUGAACCACGCCAAGUGGGCCUGACAGAAAGUCGUGUGCAAGUCUCCAACCUCUUGGCCCGUGUGCAGUACACCUUUGAGAUCCAGGCUGUCAACUUGGUGACUGAAUUGAGUUCAGAAGCACCCCACUAUGCCACCAUCAAUGUUAGCACCAGCCAGUCAGUCCCCUCUGCCGUCCCUAUGAUGCAUCAGGUGAGUCGUACUACCAGUAGCAUCACACUAUCAUGGCCUCAGCCAGACCAGCCCAAUGGAAUCAUCCUGGAUUAUCAGCUACGCUACUUUGACAAGGCAGAAGAUGAGGAUAAUUCAUUCACCUUAACUAGCGAAACCAACAUGGCCACCAUAUCAAAUCUUAUUCCAGGCAAGAUCUAUGCCUUCCAAGUACGAGCUAGGACAGCAGUGGGCUAUGGCCCAUACAGUGGAAAGAUGUAUUUCCAGACUUUAAUGGGAGGGGAGCGCUCGGAGAUGGUGCAGGACCGACUGCCGCUUAUCGUGGGCUCAGCACUCGGUGGUCUAGCCUUCUUGGUAAUUGCUGCCAUUGCCAUCCUUGCCAUCAUCUUCAAGAGUAAAAGGCGACAGACCCCAUACACAGAUCGCCUGCAGCAGUAUAUCAGUGCACGAGGACUUGGAGUGAAGUAUUACAUUGAUCCUUCAACCUAUGAAGAUCCCAAUGAAGCUAUUCGAGAAUUUGCCAAGGAGAUUGAUGUGUCCUUCAUCAAGAUUGAGGAGGUCAUUGGAUCAGGAGAAUUUGGAGAGGUGUGCUUUGGGCGCCUAAAACACCCAGGGAAGCGUGAAUACACAGUAGCUAUUAAGACUCUGAAGUCAGGUUACACAGAUGUACAGCGGCGGGAGUUCCUGAGUGAGGCCAGCAUCAUGGGGCAAUUUGAACAUCCCAAUGUCAUCCAUCUGGAGGGUGUGGUCACCAAGAGCCGACCAGUCAUGAUUGUCACAGAGUUCAUGGAGAAUGGAUCACUGGAUUCGUUCCUCAGGCAGAAGGAGGGACAGUUCAGUGUGUUACAGCUGGUGGGAAUGCUACGGGGGAUUGCAGCUGGCAUGCGCUACCUUUCAGACAUGAACUAUGUGCAUCGUGACCUGGCAGCACGUAACAUCUUAGUCAACAGUAACCUUGUGUGCAAGGUGUCAGACUUUGGUUUGUCCCGCUUUCUGGAGGAUGAUGCUUCAAAUCCCACCUAUACUGGAGCUCUGGGCUGCAAAAUCCCCAUCCGUUGGACUGCCCCUGAAGCUGUCCAGUAUCGCAAGUUCACCUCCUCCAGUGAUGUCUGGAGCUAUGGAAUUGUCAUGUGGGAGGUGAUGUCCUAUGGUGAGAGGCCUUACUGGGACAUGUCCAAUCAGGAUGUAAUUAAUGCCAUUGACCAGGACUAUCGCCUGCCACCACCCCCAGACUGCCCAACUGUUUUGCACCUACUGAUGCUUGACUGCUGGCAGAAGGAGAGGGUCCAGAGACCCAAAUUUGAACAAAUAGUCAGUGCCCUAGAUAAAAUGAUCCGCAAGCCAUCUGCCCUCAAAGCCACUGGCAUUGGAAGCAGCAGACCAUCUCAGCCUCUCCUGAGCAACUGUCCUCCAGAUUUCCCUUCACUCAGCAAUGCCCAUGAGUGGUUGGAUGCUAUCAAGAUGGGCCAUUACAAGGAGAAUUUUGACCAGGCUGGUCUGAUUACAUUUGAUGUCAUAUCACGCAUGACUCUGGAAGAUAUCCAGCGUAUUGGCAUCACCCUUGUUGGUCACCAGAAAAAGAUUCUAAACAGCAUCCAGCUCAUGCGAGUCCAUUUGAAUCAGCAUGAACCAGUUGAAGUGUGACAUUUACACCAUCUUUAUUCCACUAGUCUCAAACUCUGGAAAGGUUCUGGGGGAAUUCAGAGGGAUUUUCACUGUAAGAAAAAAAGAUGUCAGUAUGCUACUUGAAGACUUAAUGCACCCAGAAAGUGCACACUACAUGUGCUCUUCCAUGAACAAAAACAAAGCCUUUGACAUGAUUUGAAAGCAGAGCUAAAAAACUGGUGGCAUUGAAAUGUGGCUGACCAUAUAUUGGGAAUGGGUUGGGGGAGGGAAAGUUAUAACAUGGGAUGGAGAUGGAAUAAUAGCUUGGACAGAUACAAGCAUCUGUUGCCUCUUCUCUGUUGGGAACCCAGCAAAGCUACAAAGACAAUAAAAGCAACAAAAAAUUACCAUUUUUUUCCAAAAGAAUCCCAUCAUGGUGUGAGAGAUUAUUACUCAGAUGGAGAUGAGCAUCAGUCUAUCACUUGAUAUGCCAGCUUGGUAGGGAACUCAAGUUCUAGUUACUGUACAAAUAUGUGAUAAGCAGUAAGAUAUCACCUAAUAAAGAGGUUGAGAGUAAAGGGCUCAAAAUUCUAUGCUAUUUCAUGUGCAGUUCUUGGCUAAAUUCCAUGAUCCAGGAGGGAAACUUACUAAUCCAUUGUGCUGACACAAGGAAGGGCAAGUCUGUGGUGCUAUGCAACUCUGUUUAUGGGACUGCAACAGAAGGGAACAAUAAGGAUUCCUAGAAUCUAUCCUGCUGGAUCUGCAAGUGCAGAGGGAAACAUAGCUUCUGGUCCUCACAAGCCCAUUCUUGAGAGGAAAGGUGUAAAUUGUGAUAUUCUGAAAUCCUGAGCACCCAGAAUUUGGGUUUCGUUCUUUUCUGACCCCCUUACAGGCAUUGAAGAGCAUGACAGAAAAAAAUCUGAAGCCUUUUGCUGUUGAAAAGUACUUGCUCUUUUUCUCACUCUAACCAGCUACAUGAAUGGGCACAGUUGGUUGAAUAUUGUUUCUGAAGAAAAUGCAGACUGGCAGUAGUCAACUCCAGAUAGACAAUUGGAACAAGGGAGUUGAAAGUCUCUCACAAGUUCUUGUCAAGAAUGAUCAGGGAAGGGUACUAGUCCCACAAGUCACUUCAGUCCUGAAAAAAGGAAUAACAACGUCCUUGGAAUCAACUGUGUUGUCUGUUAGAGGUGCAGGAGAAUGACCAGAAUGACAGAGCUUAUGCCUUCCUUCAGACAGACUAGUGCUUGCUUAAGCAAUGAAUGUAUUGCAAAGACUACAAACUCUUCUGCUGAACACCAACUUUUCACUAUCUGGAAACAGGAAGAAACUUCACCUUAAGGCAAGCUGUUUUGUAAUUAUUCCUGAUGAGGUUCCCUGCACCUGCCUUUUUGGUGUCUGUUGCUGGACAGUCUCCCAGACAGACAACUGGGUCUGCACCAGUAUGUCAGUUAAUGUAUUGUGCUGCCAAAGAGCAUGUCAGUCAAGCAAGUUCCCACCUGUGCUGCUUUGGCAGCCAGUGGAAUUCUCAGCCAGGAGCUACAUGUCUGUGCACCCCCUCGCCUCACUAAGCCAUGGCAUGUAUAUGUCAAAAUCAGGCCCUGCUCACCCAGAAUAUUCAAAGGCAAGCACUUUUAAACUAAAAUUUUUGCAUUCAUGCCUGAAAUUAUAUUGAGGAAAGGCCCAAUGACAGCAUGACUUACAUGGUGAUUUCUAUGUUUGGCACCCAAGUAUCCUCAGUGCAUGUGCGGAUGAUAUGGCUUGCAGCUCCCAUUUUUUGUUUUAAAUUUUAAAAUUUAAAUUUUAAAAUUUAAAUUUUAAAAUUCAAGGAUGUAAUCUUAGUGCAUGCAUUGACAGCACUAUAUUAGGGCUAGUUGAGGGAGCACAAGCUGCUUAAUGCUACUGAAGGAGAGCUGAGUCUGUCUGUUUAAUACAAAUAUGUUUAGCACCUGGGACUAUCUAGAAAGAAAGAAACUGCUGUAGCUUCCUUAGUCCCAGACAAGUCACAUGUUAAGGUGAAUGAAACCUCUGGGUGUGGUGGGAAACAAUGAGCAAGCACCAAGGAACUUACCUUUAAUAAGCAAAGAUAGAGCUGUCCCUACCACUGGAUCUUCUUUGGUCAGGAAUUCCAGCCAACGAAUCUACCUGGGGGCUAGACUAACUGAAGGUAACCAGCUUGAAUCCAUCCUGCCUUUGGCACACUUUCUCAGCAGUCAACUACACAGCUCUUAUGCAUACAGGUACAGCUAGGCAAUAGAUUUGAGUUCAGGACAAAACUGAUUCUUUCUCUUCCCUGAAAACAGAUGAUGCUAGAGGGAGCAACGCAAUGAGCUGUUCACACGUAUUCCGUGCUAGCAACUAUUCAUGAGUAUUGAGCAUCCUAAGGAUUGUAAAUCACAUGUAAAUUUGAAUCUCUGGAUGUCUUCUAUGGAAGACCAAACCUCAAGUCCUACUAAAAAGCUAGUCUAAUCCUUUGCUUUUCAAACCUAUAUGGAAAAAAUGGCACCUCCCUCAGAAUUUACAUUUUGUUCUGGCAUUCAAGAUCAUCAUGCUCUGUGUAUGAAGCUGUUGCACUUCUGUGUUACUGAAAGGGCUGCUCUGAGCUAAUGAGAAAUGACUGUUUUCUUCUAGAGUUUGCCGGUUUGUAACUCGACCUGUUCAAAGAGGAAUUCCUCCCCCUGGUGUUCUGCUACCUGAAACACAGAAGAGAAGGCUUAACUGCCCUCAAAAAGCCUUGUAGCUUAUAUAUUUUAUCUGCCUUUUCUGGGUGAUGAGAAAACUCUCUUCCUGAAAUAGUCUCAGUUAAAACAUGCAGAUUCAUGAAAACAUAUCAAGAUUUCUUUCUAAUUUAUUCCAUGACCUUUGUUCCUUGAAUGGAGUAAUGUGGUGUUUUAGUCAACUGCAAGUCACAAGUAUAAGUACAAUGGGUUGACAUCUCAGCAUCUAUGCCUCAACUAGUUAAUAGAGGUUAGUCUGUUAUUUAUGUCUCUUAUACAAGACAAAGUGUGCUUUGUUAACAGCAAUAAUGCUGUUUCGUUCUGAAAACUAAUCUCUUAAAUUCAGGCCAUGCUAAUGAAGAUUUUUUCUAGUUUACAAUGGCACUAGAAAUUAUACACGCUGCUGGCUAAAACUAGUUUAGUUACAUCUAAGCAACCCUCUCUCAUUGCAUUUUGGUAACUUACAUACAAACCUACUACUGUCAUGCAUUUGGACAGCUGUAACAG